AUGGAACCCAUCGACGAUGAUGUCGAGCUCGGACCCGGCCGUGAUAUUCCUACCGACGGUAUUCCGGUAAACUUUGUGCCAGCAAAAGCCGGUGACAUCAUCAAGCUAGGACUCAUCACCUGCCGUGUCCUAGAAGAUGGAUCCCGUACAGACAAUCGUAUCGGAGCGGCUGAGUUCACGCUGCCCCCCGGGCUGAUGGGUCCUCCAGCCCACUGGCAUGAGAUGCACGACGAGACCUUUCUUACAACCAAGGGCACGAUCCGCUAUCACAUCCCCAAGGCAGAUGGCACCGAAGACAUCAUUGAUGCCCAUGAAGGAGACUACGUAACCGUACCGAUGCGCGCUCCACAUACUUUCAGCAAUCCGACAGACCAGGAAGUCAAGUUCUUCAAUACAUAUACUCCAGCUUAUUACAUCAACUACUUCAAGCUGUUGGGCACGUACGUAGAAGAAGGCAAGCCUAUCUCGGACAAGGAGCACUUGGAUGCUAUGUCGAAUUAUGCCACGCUUCGGGUACCGAAGAAAUAUCUAGGCGCGAGAGAGAAAAAGUAG